AUGAGUUCGAGUGAUGAGGAGGAGGGAGAGGGUGGCAAAGAAAACGGUGUUGAGGAGAAGAGAAUGGAUGAUGAAGAUGAGGAUGAAGAUGUUCGGUUAGAUGUGAAUUUAUCGAUGGCUAAGCUUGAGAAGAAGAUUCUUAAUGGGUUUUGGUUACAUGAUCAUAAGGAUGUGGAUUUGAGGAUUGCUCGAUGGGAUUGUCUUAGAAAUAGGAGACCGGAGUUGGCUAAUAGUGUGUUGUUACGACAUCCUCAUAAUGUGGAGCAGUGGCUGAAGGGUGAUCCCAAGAAGCAGAUUUUGACUUACACUGAGGCAGUGAGGACAAUUGAUCCUAUGAAAGCUGUGGGGAAACCUCAUACAUUGUGGGUUAACUUUGCUAGGCUUUAUGAGAAGCACAGUGAUCUUGUCAAUGCCAGAGUUAUAUUCGAUAAAGCAGUUCAAGUCAACUACAAGGCUGUGGAUCAUCUGGCUAGUGUUUGGUGUGAGUGGGCAGAGAUGGAAUUGAGGCAUCAAAAUUUCAAAGGAGCAUUAGAGUUGAUGAGGCGAGCCACAGCAGAGCCGUCAGUGGAGGUCAAACGAAGAGGUGAUUCUAACCCUUCCUCAUUUAAUGUUUCGUUCCUUUUGUUACUGUAUAUUUCAUGUUUUGUAGUUAUUGAUAGAGCAGGCAAUUGUUUUUGGGCUUAUAUAUUAUUGCUUUGGGUCUAUUUAAGUUUAUUGGGGGUUCCAAGUGAUAGCCCAAUCAUAAUGGCAUUCUUUGUUGUGCCCCAUAUGAUGAAGACCAUGUGCUUGAAGUAUGCUGAGCUUGAGAAGAGUCUAGGAGAAAUUGAUCAUGCUUGUGCAAUAUAUGUAUUUGCGUCUCAAUUUGCAGAUCCACGAUCUGAUGUGGAUUUCUGGAAUAAGUGGCAUGAGUUUGAGUUUAAAGAGGAAGUUGAAAGGGGACAGAGAGGAUGGGAGGCAAGGGACAUGUUCAAUUUACACACAAAAACACUCAUCAUUUUUAAUUCUCACUUUGAUCGUUUUUGCAGACACUUUAUCUUGCCGGAGUAUCUGAUGCAAAAGGAUCAGAGAUUGAACCUUGAUGAUGCAAGAGACAAAUUGAAACAGGCUGGGGUUGCUGAAGAUGAAAUGGCUGCUCUCGAAAGGCAGUUAGCUCCUGUGGUUGACAAUGGUGCUGCUAAAGAUAAGAACAGAAGAGUUGGCCUUGUCAGUGCAGGUGUGGAAUCACAAUCCGAAGGAGGUAUAAAAGUUACUGCAAAUCAUGAAGACAUUGAGCUACCAGAAGAAAGUGAUUCAGAUAAUGAUGACAAGGUUGAAAUAGCCCAAAAAGACGUUCCUUCAGCUGUUUUUGGAGGCUUGGUUCGUAAGAGAGAUGAGGCCGACAAUGAUGCAGAAGCACAAGAUGCCACAGCUACUAAAGAGAAGGAUAGCGACAACCACCUUGGUGCCCUAGAGAGAAUAAAGAGACUAAAGAAAGCGUGAUUAUUUAUGGCCAGAAGGAAUCAGUCUGCAUUUAAAAAAUUUGUAGCUUUAGUACUAGACUCCAAUUUUAUACUUGAGCCGUCCCUUAAAGAAAAAUUAGUUGUUAUCAUCAUUUUGGGUGAUAACCACUAAUUUUUCUUGAAAUUAGGGGGAUGAGAAUUGAUGGGUUAACAACUUGUCAAAGAAAAGAAAUUAGGGCUAGAAAUACUUCCUCUUAACUUUUGUCAAGCAGAUAUUAGUAUAAAAUCUAGUAAACAUGACAUUUUCAUCAAUUUAUUGGAAGUGUUUGUUAGUGAGACUUACAAAAUAAGCUAGUCAAUUCAACACCACCUAGCAAUCAUAAGUUCAUAACAUGAUUUAUAUUUUCUUAUUUUA